GCGGCUGCAGCACGGCGCCAGCGGGCUGGAGCCGCUGGCCUGGUCCGAGGAUCACCGGGUGUCGGUGAGCACGGCCCGCAGCAUCGCCGUGCUGGAGCAGCUCAGCGACGUGCACAGCGGCGGGCAGGACAUGGUCAUCCACCGCACCGCCGUGCCCGCGCCCGCCGCCGCCUGCACGCUCAAGGUUGGCCCAAAGAAGGAGGUGGCCGAGUGCAAGGAGAAAUUCGCCAGCUCCGUGGAUCCCACCGUCAGCCAGAUGUUUAUGCUGGACCGAGUGUUCAACCCCGAGGGGAAGUCCCUGACACCCAUGCGGGGGUUCAAAUAUUCCAGCUGGUCCCCUCUGGGCUGUGAUGCCAACGGGAGGUGCCUGCUGGCCGCCCUGACCAUGGACAACCGCCUGACCAUCCACGCCAACCUCAACCGCCUGCAGUGGGUGCAGCUGGUGGACCUGACCGAGCUCUACGGCGAGCGGCUCUUCGAGGCCAGUUACAGACUGUGCAAAGCCGACGCUCCCUGCGGGGAGCUGGGAGACUUCCCGGAGUUCCAGCGGCGGCACAGCAUGCAGGCCCCGGUGCGCAUGGAGUGGUCGGGCAUCUGCACCACCCAGCAGGUGAAGCACAACAACGAGUGCCGGGACGUGGGCAGCGUGCUCCUGGCCGUGCUCUUCGAGAACGGGAACAUCGCCGUGUGGCAGUUCCAGCUGCCCUUCCUGGGGAAGGAAUCCAUCACUUCCUGCAAUACCAUCGAGUCGGGAAUCAGCUCCCCCAGCGUGUUGUCCUGGUGGGAGUACGAGCACAACAACCGCAAGAUGAGCGGGCUGAUCGUGGGCAGCGCCUACGGCCCCGUGAAGAUCAUCCCUGUCAACCUCAAGGCCGUCAAAGGGUACUUCACGCUGAGACAGCCCGUGGUCUUGUGGCAGGAGAUGGACCAGCUGCCCGUGCACAGCAUCAAAUGCAUCCCUCUCUACCACCCCUACCAGAAAUGCAGCUGCAGCCUGGUGGUGGCCGCCAGAGGCCCUUACGUGUUCUGGUGCCUCCUGCUGAUAUCCAAAGCGGGGCUGAACGUCCACAACUCCCACGUGACCGGGCUCCACUCCUUGCCCAUCGUCUCCAUGACCGCGGACAAGCAGAACGGCACGGUGUACACCUGCUCCAGCGAUGGCAAGGUCAGGCAGCUCAUCCCCAUAUUCACGGACGUCGCUUUGAAGUUUGAGCACCAGCUGAUCAAGCUCUCGGAGGUGUUUGGCUGCGUGAGGACUCACGGAAUCGCCGUCAGCCCGUGCGGGGCGUACCUGGCGGUCAUCACCACCGAGGGCAUGGCCAACGGGCUGCACCCGGUCAACAAAAACUACCAGGUUCAGUUUGUCACCCUCAAGACUUUUGAGGAGGCAGCUGCACAGCUCUUGGAAUCUUCUGUUCAGAACCUUUUCCGGCAAGUGGACUUGACGGAUCUUGUACGCUGGAAAAUCUUGAAGGAUAAGCACAUUCCUCAGUUCUUACAGGAAGCGCUGGAUAAAAAGAUAGAGAGCUGUGGUUCCACUUACUUCUGGAGGUUUAAGUUGUUUCUCUUGAGGAUUUUGUACCAGUCGAUGCAGAAAGCCCCCUCAGAGGUCACGUGGAGACCUUCGCACGAGGAUGCCAAAAUCUUGAUAUCAGAUUCCCCUGGGAUGGGCAGCGCUGAAGAUGAUCAAGAGGAAGGAACUUCGAAACAAGCCAGCAAGCAGAGCCUGGGGGACACAGGCAAAGGUGUGGACAUUGAUGACGCUGCAGAGGAUUCUCUCCAUCACUCGAGUGACACUGGAGGCCGCGAGCCAAUGGUAGAAAAGCUUCUUGAAAUACAGGCACAGAUUGAAGCCGUAGAAAUGCACUUGACACGAGAACACAUGAAACGGGUGCUGGGAGAAGUUUACCUGCACACGUGGAUUACAGAGAACACCAGCAUUCCCACCAGAGGGGUCUGUGACUUCUUAAUGUCCGACGAUGGCUACGAUGACAGAACAGCACGAGUGCUGAUUGGGCACAUCCUGAAGAAGAUGAACAAACAGACCUUCCCCGAGCACUGCAGUCUGUGCAAGGAGAUCCUGCCCUUCACCGACCGCAAACAGGCCGUGUGCUCCAACGGCCACAUUUGGCUCAGGUGCUUUCUCACCUACCAGUCCUGCCAGAGUUUGGUGUACAGGAGGUGUUUGCUUCACGACAGCAUUGCACGGCACCCAACCCCAGAAGAUCCUGAAUGGAUCAAGAGGUUACUGCAGGGACCUUGCACCUUCUGUGAUUCUCCUGUGUUCUAGAGAAAAGCUGUGUCAAGACUGAAAGUAUUUUCUCUACUGCAUAAGCUCCCUUCAGCCUGGGAGGAUCCAGAGACAGGAGCACAGACUCUGCUGGAGGGGGAACACCUUGUCCACAGCCCUGUACAUAGAACAUCACAGCCUCUACAAACUCCUGAAAUCCAGAGCCCAUUCCAUGCUCCAGAAACAGGAGAGCACCUGGAAGAGCCAGUUUAAAGCUGUUUGGAAGUGCAUCCAUGGAAGCCACAGCAGCUGGACCCUGACAAGGAGCUGAAGGGUUGAGCACAGUGGGAAUUGUCCUUUCUGCCUGACACCAGUGUCAGUUCCCAAAAGCUGGGAUGGGAACAGCAGAGCUGCCUCUUGAAUGGUCUUGGUGGGUAGAGAAGGCUCCAGCUUGCAGUGCUCUCCUUUGCUUUUUAACCCUGGCAUUGCUCUAGAACAUGGAACUCUCCAAAUAAUCCAUGGUUCCAGGGUCUUGCCCAGAGAAGCAGAUGCCAAGUCACAGCCAUAUGAAAGAAUUUGGCCAUUACAUGAAUUUUACUGAAAGUCUAGAAGAGGAACUGCCUCAGAAAUGUAACAGUGUUUUGGUCUGAAGGGUGAUACUGGCUGCCUGGAUCAAAUAGGGAUCAGUAAGGAUAAUUUUUAAAUAUAAUAAUUAUCAAACUAAUAGCAAUUAGCUUAAACACUAAUAUAUAUACACAUAUAUAUAAAAUUUCCAAUGCUCUUAAGUCUCUUGCCCUACUUUCUUCUUCUGAACUAAGUUCUAACUCCUUCCCAGCUCUUGCCAAUGUAUUUGCCUUUGGUUUCACUUAACCCUCUACCAAGAGGAAACCUCUUUUCAAAAGAAACUCAGUUACCAAAAGCACUACUAAUUAACACUACUGUCAAUUAAAUUGAGAGUCUCCCUCACACAGCAGUUGAGUUUUAAACAAAUCUGACACACAAAUAAUCGCUCUCACCUGACGGUUUUUCUUUCCAUAAUAGCUCAGUAAACAAACUCAGAACAGAACACCCAAAACUCAACCCCAGCAUGGCUGACAUGCUCGAGGUAGGGCCAAGGAGGCUGGUGAAGCUCUUUGUGGAUCCCAGAGUGGUUUGGGUUGGAAGGGACCUUAAAGCUCCUCUCCUUCCACUGUCCCAGGCUGCUCCCAGCCCCAAUGUCCAACCUGGCCUUGGGCACUGCCAGCUUCUCCGGGCACCCUGUGCCAGGGCCUCCCCACCCUCACAGGAAGGGUUUUUUUCUAAUAUCCCAUCUGAGCCUUUUGAAGCCAUUCCCCCUUGUCCUGUCACUCCAGACUCUUGUAGAAAGUCCCUUUCCAUCUCAAGUGGCUGAACCCAGAAAUUUAUUUUGCCUUCUAAUUGUCUUAUCGGAAAAAACAUCUUUUUUUGCCAUCUGUUCCUACAGAGAGCAGAAUCCUUUUCAACCUCCUAUGCAGUGUUAGAGGAAAAACACCUCCCAGAUGUGUGUGGUUACUUGGUACAAGUUGUCUUGUUAACUUCAAUCCAUGCUGCCAAAUAAUCCUGAGUUUGUGUAUUUCCGUUCUGCAGAGUACCAAUCGCAGAGGUGUCGCCCUGUCUGUGAUUCCUGACACUUCCACUGUGUGGGAAGUGCUCUACAGCUGUUGAGAAAUCAUGGAGUUGUGCUGACAGUAUCAGUCUCCCACCAGUGCAUGUGUGAUUGGUGCUUGUUUCCUCGAUUCAAUGACUAUGCAUAUUUUGUUAAUGUUCCUUCACCUUUAAUAGGAGCAAAUCUUUUUUUCAGCAAACAUUAAAGUCAGCUGUCCUUCUGCUCAGUGUCUCAUGCAUUAAGCAUGACCGUGCAUCGACUGAGAACAACAUUACUGUAGUAGCUUAGAAACAGCAGAAGCACAUUCAUCUGUAAAAUAAUUAGCCUUGUUUGUAAAUAUCCUUGGAAGUGAUACCAUAAUUGUAUUAAAGAAACAUUUAGUUUUUUAUUGCUGUGCAUUGAAAAUUGAAAUUACUUCGGUGUGUCUGCAGAGAAGGGAAAUGUAGCUCGUGUUGGUGUCCAGUAAAACAAGGAGUAACCUCUAUACCCAACAUGUGGAGUUUGGGGCCAGCUCUGGAACCUGGGACAAAACUUCCCAGUGCUGGUGAGGCUUGGGGGAACAGAGCAUCCAUUUCCAUCUGAGCUGAGCAGAGGUUUAUUCGUGGUGCUUGAGAAGGUAUUUUAAAUGGAAGCUACAAGUCCUUUCCCUGGCAGCUGUGACCAGCUCAUCAGUAAAUGUUCCAGUUUAGGAAUUCUUCUGCUGUGGAGAAGGGGAGCCCUGCAGAGCCCUGUCCCAGUGCUUUCAGAAAAAGUCAAAGAACAUUUCUUUGCCUGUGGUUUAGACACCAUAAAAAUAUUCUGAUCUACUGAAAUGUUUAAGUCUGGCUGACCCAAGUUCACAUGAUAACAGAUUAGGUCAGUUCUUGCUGAUCAUUUCUGGCAGUUCACUUGAAUUUCCCUGGACUGAGUUUUAAUGCUUUGCCAUGGAGAAGCUCUAGCACACCUCACAUUAACAUUGCAGCAUUAAUGUUUAUUUUCCCUGUCUUUAAAGGCAGUAGAUACUCAAGUCUGCCAUUGCCAGUUUAUUUAACCUGGUUUCAGACUUCUAGGAAAAAGGAAUUUUAAAGCCAGCAAUGUUGUCUUUGCCUGCCAGUGGAGAUCCUUUAGCAAAAAGCUUUCACUCUUCACCCUGACCUGUUCACAACAGGUACAGAGGAACUGGGAUUUCAUUUUUGUGUAAACCAGCACUUGUCCCUGAGUGCAUUUUUAACCAGAAUAGCAGAGCCCACCUCACUCAGUAACAUUUAACCCCUGGUGCUGACCUGAGUGGGUUUGGCUGCCCAGCGAGUGCUGAGGCUGCUCCAGGAAUCUUUUUAUGCCUCAGACUUGUGAGGGGCAGUUCUGGGCACGCAGGGGUUGGUCCUGCUCCUGCAGGGCUGCAGCAGCACCUCGGGGCAUUGUCCCACACGUCCUGAUCAAACCUUGCUGUCACCUCACAGGGAAGGGGAGCAAGGAACGAGCACCUGCUGCCAGAUCCUUGUGUUAUUUUGGCAUUAUCAGAGUUGAUAAUGCCAUCUAACGAGGCCCAGCCUGUUUUGAGACACCAACUGAAGUGCUCAAAGAACAAAUCCCACAGAACUGGAGUUUAUCUCCGUGAGUUUUUACCCAAGUUUUGCAGGGUACUUGAACCAAGUGAACAGUUGGAAGAUGUCAACUGCUUCACCAUUUGCUGGUGAACACUCUGGCUGUUCAAGGACCCUUAUCUCCAGAGGGAGAGCAACUUUCCAGCAGAGACUAAGGGCUCCUGAUGCUCUUCUUUACUUUUGUUUUUAAGGGUUGUGAUACUUGCUCUUGCAGCUGAGAAUUAACAGGCAGAGAUCCUGUUUGUCCAGAGCUAAGGUGUCAUUUUCCUUGAUGAGGAACUUGUGACAGCGUUUAAGAUUUGCUGCUCAUGCUCAUAUCACACUGGGAUGAAGAAAUCAUCUCCCUUGGCUAAUCCAAGUGGGAUGAUAAGUGGAACAGCUCUGGACUGUACAGUGUCUCAGUGCCUUGCUGCUAGAUGCCAUUCUUGGAACUAAGGAGGAAGUUUGGGGUCACAAGGACUCAGUCUUGUGUCUCCAAAUUACACCCCCUGCUCUGGGAGUGAGUGCUGGUGAGGGACUUCAUUGCUGCCUUUUACCUCAAUUCACUUAUGGCUCUGGGACCUCAUCAUUCAUCACCCUUUCCUUUGGUGUUUCCUCAUCCUCUUAAUCCUAUUGUGCAUUUCUAGAGAGGAAAUACUAUGGCUGUCAAUGCCUACAUAAAGACAGUAAAUAUUCUUGGGGAGAGAGGAGGAGGAGCCAUUCCUGCUCCUCAGAGCCCUCACCACAGAGCAGGUUGGGGUUAACACCAUUCCCUGAGCAGCAUCCAAGCCUUACAGGGGAAGGUGAGAGCAGGGAAAUCCUUUGGGAGCUACAGGGGGUCCCUGCAGAGGUGGUGCUGCAGGAGGGGGUCUGCCUGGGGGUGUUCAAGUGCCCACUGAAGGAUCCCAUGUCUGGAGCUGGCAGACACAAAAGUUUGUGUACAGCUGGACAAACUGACCUUUGUUGCUAAACUACACAAUUAACAGCAUAACUCGGGGUACAGCACGAGCUCCAGGCAGCCCUCUCCACAAAGUGUCUGUGGGAAGCAGGGUGAUGGAAGAUGUCCAAUCCAGACUGGGCAAAGCUGUAACACCCCAUCCCCGCUGCGCUCCUACCACCUCCUCUUCACCUUGUUUUUCUCAUCGCUCAACGUUUGUUUUGCCAGAAUAAGAUGCUAAUAAAAUC